ACUAUCUGCAAACCCGAAGACGCUUGCGCAGGCUACACUGCAGAUAUGCAAUGGGGGGGCGUCGUAAUAUUGUCAUGUAAGGCAAGAGCGAGAACUGCAGUUAGUUUGAAUUCAACUGCUGAAUCUGAGCUAUCUAAGUCACCAAAAAAAUCAAUAAUCUUUUUAAAAUAAAUUACACUAACAUCUAAAGUACUUUCAUAACUAUUCUGACAAUAACAGAAAAUGAUCAUUUCAUGAUUUAUAAAUUAAUAUGUUGAAAUAAUACAACUGGCAUGAUGUAUUGGUUGGUACAUUCAUCAGUUAUUGUGAUACUUCUAUUCUCAUAUGUUGAGGCUCAAGCUUGUAAAGAAGCUAGGUCCAUCUACUGUUAUGAAUGUGACUCCUGGAAAGAUCCAAGAUGUAAAGACCCAUUCAAUUACACUGCUUUACCUCGGGAUCAGCCACCUCUUCAAACGUGUAAUGGAUGCUGUGUGAAAAUGGUUAGAAAUUCAAAAUCAAAAUAUGAAAGUGUACGAAGAACAUGUACAACACAGCUUCAAAUAAAUUUAUUUAUGGUGGAUCAUGUGUGCAUGAUGGAAAGUUCCGGAACAGGGCACAUGUGCUUCUGUGAGGAGGACAUGUGCAACAGGUCAUCCCCAAAUUAUAGCCCCCCACUCCAUCUUAUGUAUAUUUCCCUACUACUCCUCAUACUCUCUGUUGCCAGGUAGGUGCAUGAAACCUUUCCACAAAGUCCCCUUUCUCUUCUAAUACACUACAACCCUCUUAAGUAUUUCGUAUUUUUAUUCUCAUUCUGAUUAAUUAAUUAACCAUGUUAAAUAUUUCAUUCACAUAUAUUUCUGUCAAAUUGAAUAAUCUUAAUCACAAUUUAAUCAGCCGAGUUUCCAAUUUAGAAUUAUUAUGCUGAAAGAGGGCUGUAAACUCUUGUAGACCUUGAUAAUAACAUGUUUAUGUUCUAUUAACUUAAGUAUUUGAAACUUUUGGUAUACUAAUGAGUAGAAAAUUAAUUGUUUGUGGUCUGCGGCUAUCCUUUUUCUAAAAUUAGAUGUUGCCUAGUAGCUAGUAGAGGGGCGAAGAGGAUGCACGCAACCUCCCUCCUGCAGAACUUGCUGAUCAUGUGCUGAAUAAAACUCAGGGAUAUUCUGUCAUUUGUAAUUGUUUAUUAACGAAUGCCAGGAGGAGAGGUUACAAUGUUUUUUAUCCAUAAUUAAUAAAUAUCGUAAAGUAAUUAAAGUGUUUUUUGAAAACUGAUCAUAUAUACGUGACCUCCUCUUGUCAGUUGCCUUUUGGACUAACAUUUAAUAUGUAUAUAGUAUGCCCCUUAUUUAAAUUUUGUUAUCUAUUUUAUGAUAAAUGAAUAUUUUAUUUAUUUCACUUUAUUUUUUUAAUGUCUAAAAUGUUAGAUGCUUACAAAUUAAAUAAAUGACAUAAAAGUUACCAUGAAAGUAACAUAUAUCUUCUUUUACUUCUAAUCUAUUCCCCUUGUCACGGUAUAUAGUACAUAUCUAUAUAGAUUAGACCUACCCAAUUGCAAUUUAAAUUUGACAUUUCUUUAAAUAAAAUUUAAAAUUGAAACACAUUAUGUAAUUAACAUAAUUACACAGUAGAUUAAUUAUUUAAAGAGAUGCAAUUUCAAAAUAGAUUUAUUCAUGAUUCACUCCUCUUCGUAUAUAAUCAAUUUAGCUCUCAAACAUUUCAUUCUUUUUAAUCUCUUUCUAUUAAAUUGAAAUUUCCAUUUACAAGAAAUGGGCUUUAAAAAAAUUACAUUUGGGAUAUGGAACUGUGAUUAUGUGUGAAUAUAGUGUAAAUUGUCGAAACUGCUAGGGUUGUGUUGAAUUUUUAAGAGAGCUCGGGGAGCACUUAGGUUAUCGAACUUUCUAUGACAUAUCUCGCCAUAGUGGAUUUCCUUAACUUCUUUUUGGAGUAUUUACGAAUAUAAUCACCAUCAUUGGAGGUGCCUGAAGUAUAUUCAACAAAGAAGAAAUAAUUAUUUAUCAACAUAGGUAGACCGUUCCACUUUUAGAUUUUCUUUCGAAUUGCACUAUAAUUUACUGAUAUAAUCAAAACUUUUUUUCUCUUUACAAAAAGACCACUGACUUUUCAUAAUAAUAUUUAAAAAAAAUUAAAUUAGUUCAUUUGAAAUUGAUUAGAUAGUUUACUCUUAAUUAAAUCCUGUUGCAUCAGCGUUAGAUAAUUAAAAGGUGGGAUCAAUUAAGUAGUUAUUAUCAUAGGGUUAUUGUCCACUUUGACUUUUGGCUAUUACCAUUGAUACUUUAGAUAGAUGUAAUCAUAUCUAUAAUGAUAACUUUUAAAUAAUUAGAAAUGAAAGUUAGUUUAUUUUAUAAUGUUCAAUUUUAUAUUAUGGUUUUAUUAGGAUAAAAUUGCAAAAGGGUAAAAAUUAUUAACAUUAGUAAUUAGAUAUUAAUAAUUUCUUGCAUGGAAUAGUGGCUGUUCCCAUUUCGGAAGAAUAUAAUGCUUUUCACUCACAUUAAAAAAAAAUUAAAAUUAAAAAAAAGAUCCAAUGAUAGGAGGAAUUUCUAUUAGCAUAAAAUGUAAUUUUAACUGGAGUGAAAUGUUUUUAUAAUCAAUAAUGAUAGUUAAUACAGUGUAAACCCUAUCAUUGGACAGCUCAGUCAAUGCCACACCAAUCUAUUGCUCAUGGUUCUAUUCAACCGAAAUUGGUAAUCGCCCAAUAGUUGUAGAUUAAUAAUAUAGAUUUUUAGCUCUGUAAAUAUUACUUACUAAAACAUAGAUAUAUGGGAUAAAUAAUAUUUAAAUAGAAAAGAAAGUGAUAUGCUCAAUAUCUGGUUAGUGUUAAUAUAUAAAACAAAAUUGUGAAACAUGUUUUCUACUAGUUGUAUGCAGUUGUUCCCAGUAGAUAGUUUAUAAGACCGUCCAUCUGCUUCCUCUUGAGUUGAUAUUAUCUCUUUUAGUUAAAUAUAUUAUUUGCUAUUCAAAAUCUAUAAGCACAUAGUAUUUGAAUUACAGUACAAUUAUGUCACUAUGAAUUCAUAGCAACAAAAAUGUAACGAAUAUUAUACUACUAUUGAUUGUUCUUAAAAUAAAAAAAACAGUCAGAUCAAUUAAUUCAUAAUGAAGAAAUUUUUUUAUUCGAUGUUCAUAAAAGAUAAAAAUAAGAGAUCAUUUUGCCAUUUCUUUAAUUAACGAACUCUUAAUAUUAAACAAUUAUGUUUUAUAGAAUAAAUGUAGAUGAUGACUCUGUCCAAAUACUGAAAAUGAUUUCAUUAGGUCCGCUGAAGUACAGUGCAUCUCUUAGCAAUUGUUACCAAAGCUCGGACUAGACAAUAAUUGAGAGCACUGGAAAAGGAAAAGCAUCAAUCAUAAAAUAAAGAUUUUUUAUUUUAAAAAAGGAAUAAUACUCACAGUAUUAAUAAAACAUAUCAAAUUGAAAAAUGUAAAAUUUUAUUUUAUACUCUACUAACAUGAAUUUAUUCUACCAUCUCCUCCAAUAUUGAAAUAAUUUGAUAGUUUUUCGUUUCAGUCAUGCAUCUGAGAAAUUUGGGAAUGAAAAAUUGUUAAAUUUGAAACGAUUCAUAAACAAACAUGUACAAUAUUUUUAAAAAAUCAAUUCCUCAUUUUACAGGCACCACUUAAUAUAAUAACGUGUGAGAACAAGUUAACUAUUCAUACUUAUUUCAUUAACUAUGUGCUGAUUCUACUGUUAUAAAUUUAGUCCUGCCAAUAUAAUUUGUUUAAUAAAUCAUACUUUUUAUAUCAGAAGUAGACAUUGUUGUCUUAACAUGAACAGUUUCUAUAUUCAAGCCUCAAUUAAGCGAGUAUAAUUUGGUUCAGACUAACGCAAUUGCACUGUAUUCUUUAAUUAUAAAUAUAAGAAUUCAUUGGCUUUUUAUAAAUUCUGUUUAUGUAAAUCAUUUGGUAUAUGUUUUGUGAUAAUAUACAAAUAACUGCUUUACAUAAAUAUAACAGCUGCAUUCGAUAAAGGGCACUGCACACAAUUGCUAUAUUGCACUAUAACAUGCACUUUAGAUUUGUAUGUGUGCUGACGAUGGAAUGGCCACUGUUUGUAAAUCCAUGCUUUGAAAAAAAAAAAUUAACUCAUUAUCAAUAAUGAAGCUAAGUGCUUGAGAAUGAAUGUUGAAAAUUAAUAAUUGCAUCUUGUUAACUUAGUGAAAAAUCUAAUACUGACAAAAUAUUGCUAGAUGAAUUAUAUCCUCUUAGAAAAUUUAGAUUUUAUUGCUAGUACAAGCAUGGACUUAAUAUGUCCUGUCAGCCUUUCCCAUUCUUCUCUUUCCUUAAUAUAACUUAAAAAUAAAAAUUAAAAAAAGACAUGUUGUACAUAAGCCUGCACUCACACAGCCAGCCCAAAUGUUGAAAUGAAAUCAAUAAGGGCUCUUGCCUUGUCCGGGUUUUCAUGGCCUUGGCUUAAUUUAAAAUAUAAAAUAUUAAGGUGAGGCCUGAAAACGUACUUUUCUCACUGAACACAAUGUCUACCAUGUAGGUAGUCUUCUCUUUCAGAUUGAGCAUUAAAUUCUUUUGCAUGUUUAUACAUUUUGCCACUUUAUCUUUUAAUGUGAAAUAGAAAUGUCAACUAAAAAAGAACAAACAAUUCAAAUGACAUGCUGUUAAAUAUGGAAUACUUUAGUAUAAAAAUGGAUUAAUUAUGUAUAAGUAUGCAUCAGAUAUUAGGCUACUUUCUCAAGAGAAGUUGUGGACCAAUGACACCUGGUAUAAAUCGUAGCAGAUUGUUAGGGUUUGUAUCAGGAGUAUUUUUCCACUUAACUCUAUAUUUCCUCUAAUCUUUGUUCUUUUUAUUUAAUAUAAAUCUUUUAUAAAGCACUAAGAUUUUCUUUAAUCUAUAUUUUAUGUAACAUUGAAAUAUAUAGAAUAAUAUUUCUAUUGUAAACAAGAUAUUGAAAACAACUUUGAACAACUAAUUUUGAAAACCUGUAACAUAAUUUUCUUAUGCCAAAUAUAGAUAUAAUGCUUUGUUUUUAAUAAAUCUAUUGUAGAUAAAUAUUAGUAUUGUAAUUAUAAAUAAUAUAUCAUGCGAAAAGACAUAAUGCUUUAAUUGUAAUCUAAUAGGCAAGUGAUAAUAAAAGUUUUAAUAUAUCAUAUAAAUUUUAGGGAUACAAGUAUAUAAAAAGUAUCUUUUAUCUGGUGAUUCAAUCCAAUUUUUUCAGCAUAUUUAUAUAUUUUAACUUGUAAAAAAUUUUUUAUCUUUUUAUUCUUUGUUAUUCUUCUCUCAUUAUAAAAAAAAUUGUAGUUUUGUGUAAAAUAUAAAAAAAAAUUGUAAUUCUAUUUCAGUUAAGAAAAAAAAUAUAUAUAUUAAAUAUAACACAUAAAUAUAUAUUUGAUGCUUAGUUAAUAAUUUUUAUUUUUCUCGUACACAAUUAGAUUAAACAAUAAAAUUCAUCAAUGAUUGAAGAACAUAUGUUAGGAUAAUAAUUCAUUGAGCCAACUGCAUAGUAAUGUAUUUCUAUCAUUUAAAAAUACUAAUGCUCAAUGUUGCCUGCAUUAAAUAUACUCUAACAGUAUGACUGAUAACAAGAAUUAGCCAUGAAGAAUCCAUCAAAUGGGCAAAAAAGACGGUUUUGGAUUCUGAAAUUAUAAUUAAUAAUUUAAUUUAAUUAUUUUUAUUCUUCCUGAAACAAUAAUUUAAAUUUCUAUUAUUAUUGCUAGAUUGAUUAAAAUAUUAGAAAAUUGUUCUCUCUAAAAGAAAAUUAGAUACAUGUUUGUAUAUAUAAAUACAUAUAUUGUUGGCCAUUCUCUGGAAGAAGGGAAAUUGUUUGGAAAGUGUCUAAGAAUUGGAUAUCAAAAUUUACCAUCAUGAGAGAAAGAGAAAAUUAUAUAAAAUGUAUAUUAUUUUUUAUUCAUAAAAUUUUAAUAAAUGUAAUAAAAAUUUGAAGUCUAUCAACAAAUUUUUAGUUGGAAUUAUACUGAAAAAAAUUAAACAAUUAAUUUUUUGAGAUAUUAA